GAACAUCACUUUUCAAAUUAUUCGAAAUUGGUAUGGAAAUGAGUUGAAUCAAAUAACGGUAAGUAUUACCAAUUCUGUCUAUAAUACUGCUAAUAAUACUAAAGAAAGUGAACUUGUGGAAGGAAUGCUUCGUUUUUUUUCAUCAUUUUCAAAUCACACAUCAUACUGGUGUUACAAGACGUAUCCACUUCACCAUGCGGUGCGAUCAAAGCAAUCGAAUAAAACGUUACAAAACCGAUUCAUCCCCUCAAAUGAUUUUACUCCUACAAACCAGGACGCGCGAUUUGUGAGUGAACAAAAACUACCACCCAGUGAACACGUGCCCAUCAUCACUUCCAGCAGUACCAGCGGUGGUGCUAGCACGGGUAGCAUACCACGCAUUCACGAGGAGCUUCGGAUUCUCAAAGACGAACUGCGAUCCACUCAACGUCAGCUUUUGCAGGCCCAGCUUCACCUCGCCCAAAUGGAGCACCAGCCUCUCUCACGGUUCUACACCACCGCGCUGGAGCAACUCGCGCGGCUAGACCGUGAGGCCCACGAAGAGGCAACCGCAAUGCGCUACACCGCGAUGGCCCUACAGGCCAGUCACGACCGUCUGGAGGUGGAGCUGCGGCGAGUGUUAGGGAUCGGACUGACCGCGGAGGCGAUCGAUGCGGCAGCCUUGGAGGCCUCCACACGCCAUUACAUCCGCGCAAACAUUGGGUUUCGUGUGGAACACGUCAGUGAGGAACCUGCGGUCUUGACAGCCGCCUCUAAGGUAGCCGCGAGCGCGGUUGAAUAUGAUGGUAUCGAGGAAAGUGGCACGAGUACCUCAGACCUCAACGAAAACAACAAAAAAUAACUCGGAAAGAUAUCCAUCUAGGAACGGCUGAUGAUAUAAGAACAGAAAGUGUCAUAAUUAAUUGCAGACAUUAGAGUUUUAACACUCCCAGCGGACGAAAAGACGACGAGGCGAAGGAGGUUUAUUUCUUUGUGUGUAUAUGCAUCUUCAUUUGGAUGUGGUAGUGAUAUUUUAUUGGCUCUACUUUAUUGAAAGUAAACUCCCUAUCUAACAACAAUUUACAUAGAACUAGUACAGCUGAAUUUUAAAAUAAUAAUAAUAA